CUCUGUUUCAACAAAAACGCUCUGGAAAAGCGUCUGUGGUUAAAAACGUGUUGUUUUUGGUAAACUUUUUCAAAGUAUGGACUUUGCUGAGAAACAGCUCCAAAAGCAUGGAUGGAAAUCAGGAGAAGGUCUUGGCAGGGAGAGGUCUGGCAUCACUGAAGCAAUCAAAGUCAAAAUCAAGAAUGACAACAAAGGAGUUGGCCAUGAUGCUGGGCAGGAAUUCACCUAUCACUGGUGGGAUCAUGUGUUCAACAAGGCAGCAAGCAACAUACACGUCACUGAGUCAAAGGAUGGUAUACAGAUUGAGAACGCCAAGGCUACAAAAGUGACCAAAAGCAAAGCCAAGUCCUAUGCUGACAAGAGCAUGUUGUAUGGCCAGUUUAUCAAGGGUGCCACCUUAAGUGAUGGACGAGAAAGCAAAGAUAGCGGUCAUGUGUCCGACUCAAGUGAGGAUGAGGCAGACAAACACACUCCUUGUUUGGUACCAGACACUGAGGCGGAGGUAUUCAGGCGAUGUGGUGGUCGAACAGCUCACAAAGGGGCUCGGCAUGGACUUAAACUGAAUGGAAAACUGGCUCGGAUCGAAGAACAAGAGAGACAGGAGCUAAAACAAAUCAAGCAGACAGAGAAACAAGAAGAAAAAACAAGGAACACAUCCAGUGGUAUAACAGAGGUCAGCACAGGGGAAAAUGGGGAGGCUGUAAAGACCAAGAACAAGAAGAAGAAGAAACGUAAGGAAAAAGUAGAAAAUGAUGAGGGCGUUAAUGUUGAUGUAGAGAAGUUGAAUGACAAUGUCGGAAAUGCUGAGAAUGGUGGAAGAAUAAUGUUAAAAGCGAAAAAAUGUGAAGGGGAAAGCGAAGCUGAGUCAAAUACAACUGAAGAUGUUGUUGCUGAGGUUAGUGAGAAGAAAGACAGAAAGUCAAAGAAACAGAAAAGAAAGAUUGAAGAGACAAAAGAAGUUUCAAAUGUAGACAAUAGUGAAAAUGUGAUAUGUGAAGAGAGUACUAGUAGAAAGAAGAAAAAGAAGUCAAAAAGUAAGGACAAUGACUGUGAUAUGAUUAAUGAUUCUGUUUCAGAUGAUAUUGUUACAAAAAGUAAGAAGAAAAAAUCAAAGAGAGAAAGAACUAAUUGAUGUUAUAUAGUUCAAUUAGCAAAUUAGUAGUGCUAUGAAAUAAGAAUAUAGGAACGGUGGACUCGUCCAAUGAGAGUACAACAAAUAUGGUAUGAUCAACCAUCUCAUUUAAAUAAUAAGAUUAUGUCACAAAAUGGAAAAUUUAAAUCUUAUCUUUGUUUUGCCCGUAAAACUAACAUAUAUUUAUUAAAUUUUGCAUGGGUUGCAACUGCCAUUGGUGUCCAUGGCGUCUGCAAAAAUUGUAUUGUAUUAUCCAAUCACGAUGAAACGCAUGGGCAGAGUUAGUGGGCAUGAUGACUUUGUCAUGUUCUUUCAUGGGAUUAAUCGCCUUUGUAAAUUCUCAAAGUCAAAUUUAGAAAAAAUUGUAAGCACAAGUUAUUGCAUGUACUGAAAAUGCCAACUCGCAAAACUUGAAGUUCUCGCAAUAUUUUUCACAAGACCUAAGAUAGUGAUGUGUCUUAACUCGAGCAAAGAAAAGUGAAGUGACCAGUAACACUGUUCGAGUAGAAGAUUAAAAUAUGAGUGAAUAUGUUUAUUUUAGACAAAGGUUGGGUGAAAAUAUAAUAUCAGCUGAUUUUGGUUUUAGUUGACAUUAAUACCAUGUGUAUUUGCAGCUGCAUUCUCACAGCAGUCAUCAAAAUUAGUCUUUUUAUACAAAAGCUUGGCAUUACAUUUUUUAACAAGGCCUGCUAUAUUAAAUCCAGAAUUUUAUCAGCGCAGGGCAUACCGGCUUGUGCUAAUUUCAACCACUGUCACAGAUCGGCUGUGUUCACAACUUCCUAAUUUUUGGUCAUGGAAUAAGCCAUUUGCAUAAAUAUCUGGAAACAAAUGAUAUAAGAAGGCUGACUAAAAAUAAGAUGGCAGUUUUUCAGAUUAAUGUUGGAAUAUUGAUGUUUUAUAUAUGUGCUAAAAGCCUUACUAUUGCAUCAGGAAAAUGAAAUAUUAGUCUGUUUUACAAACAAUUGAAAUCUGUUCUAUUGUGAGAUAUCUUAAUAGGACUGAAUUGAAGGCAUUGAUUCCUAAAUCAGCUAAUGAGACAAGAAAAAGAAAAUGAAAAUGUCAAAACUGUCAAUCUGUGAGAGAGCAACUUUAAAAGUGGAAUUAUAGAUAUUAAGGUGUUGUGUAUUUUUUUCUGAUAACAUGUGUAAUCCAAAAUUUAAAUACUGAUUGAAUGUCUAAAAAAAACCCAGAAAAGUCAUGUUAAGAAUUUAAAUAGUAAAAUAUGAAUUGAAUAAAUAAAUGUAUAUUUAUCACAGAUAUCACCUCAUUACAUGUUGAAUGAAUUGUUAAGAAAUGAAAUGACUUAUUAAAAUUAUUUGUCUAUUCUUG